AUGGAAGAAAUAAGAUAAUAUUUUAUACCAACUAAAGAAAUUAGUCAAAAUUUAUGUUGUAAAAUUUGUACAUAUGUUGCCAUAAAUGCUGUUGAAUGUUCAAUAUGUGAAUAACUAUAUUGUGAAGAUUGCGCAAAAUUUUGGUAAAGGAAAAAAGAUUAGUAUAAAUAUAAUUGAAUAUUAUUAGAUGUCCUGAUUGUAAAGGGGACUUUAAAGUUAAACAAGCUCAUAGGUUGAUUAGAGAAGAACUCUCAAAAAUGACAUUUUAAUGCGUAAAUGAAUUUCAGGGUUGUAAAGCUCCUAUAUUAAUGAAUGAUGUACUUUAACAUGCUAAAGAAUGUUAAUUUAAGAAUGUUAAGUGUCUUUGUGGAUGGAGUGGACCUUAAUCAAAAUAAAAAUAACAUGUAAUUUAUUAAUAUAUAUUUUUAAGGAAUAAACUUGUUAAUAGUUUGCAACAAAAUAAUGUAAUAUUUGUAAGGAAGAUAUCAAAUUGGUUAAAUAUUAAAGUCAUAAUUGUUUUUAGGAACUCAAAUAAUAAUUGGAAAAGAUUACAGAAAAAUUCUAUGAGUUUAAAGAAACAUCAGAAUUUUCAAUUAAAGAAUUAAAAACUCAUGCAAGCAAAGAAUCUAAUGAAUUAUAAAGUGUAAAAUAAUAAAUUAAAGGAAUAACAUAAGAAAAUAAUGAAAUGAAAAAAUAAUUGACAGAUUUAACAUAAUUAUUAAAAAACUAAGAAUAAUAAUUUAAAUAAGUUAUAGAUGCACAACAACAAUAAUAAUAAUAAGGACCAUUUUUAACAUAAGGUAAAUUAGUAGAAUCAAGAUAAUUUUAAUGUAGUAAAAAUCAUAUGUUAUAAUAUUGGAUGAAUCCUAAUGGAGAGGAUAGAACAAAGAAAUGUUUUAAAUGUUAAAAAACUUAGGUAAAUUGUAGAUAUUGUUGUCCUUUAUGUUGUUUUUUUGUAUGUUUAAAAUGUCAAGAACCUGAAUUAACAAAGAAUCCACAUGAAAAUACUGUACUCUGUCCUGCAAGACAUAAAAUAACAAAAAAAGUAUUUGGUUUGAUUUGUACUGUAUGUGAUAAGAAUUCUUCAUAAAUGAAAGUACCAGGAGGUGGAGAUUGUACUGAAUGUGAUUUUGCAAUUUGUUUUGAAUGUCUAGAAAAUGAAAGAUAUAAAGGAAGAACAUAAUAAUGUCCUGUUCAAUGA